CAGCUCUUUUCCACGUCUCACUCUGAUCACCCUCUGCGCAUGCUCUUUUCCUUGUGGAACCUAUUCUCUUCGUGUGUAACACUCUCUCACUGCUCUUUUCCUUAUGAAGCCGAUUCUCUUCGUUUGUAAGAUGUGCGUUCGUGUGUGAUGGCUGCGAUGUCUUUCGAUCUGCCACCGGGGUUCAGGUUCCGUCCGACGGAACUGGAAAUCAUCGAGUACUACUUGAGGUUAAAGAUUACUGGGAAUGAUGAAAAAGCAAUUGCCUUCAUUCGCGAAGUUGAUUUCUUAAAAUGGGAGCCCUGGCAGUUGCCAGGUUUAUCCGGCAUAGAGGCAAAGGAUCAAGAGUGGUUCUACUUCUCGCAGCCGGAGAAGAAGCAGCCGAAUGGGAAACAGUUUAACAGGACGACCAAUUCUGGGUUCUGGAAAGUGAGUGGUCACGAUAAAGAAAUCUUCUCCGGAGGAAGAUCUAUUGGAAAGAAAAAGAUACUGGUAUUCCACCAGGGGAGUGCUGCAAACGGCAAGAGAACUGAUUGGGUAAUGCAUGAGCACCGCACAACACUGAAGGAGCUUGAUGGCACGAAACCCGGUCAGAAACCUUAUGUCUUCUGUCGUUUAUUCUAUAAACCAAAGCAAAACUCUGGCAAAGCUGAAGAUCAUCCAAUUACAAGUAAUGAAUGUCUUCAUCCUGAAAAUUCUGAUGGAAUGGAAUGCGACACUACUAUAGCAACUGGAACUGCCAAGUCGGCUUCAGAAUCUCCAGACAAGGGUUGCAAAGGUCGAAAGCGGCAGUACACUAGCAAAGCUGAACCGGCCAAGUCUAAACGAAGUGCGGCUGCAGCUUCUCCAUCACUGGAACUGCUACCUAUUGAUCAUACACCAACUGAAAAAUUUCUUCUUUCUAAAAUUUCUGACACUAUACCAAGUGCAGAGAAUCAAGUGGCAGAAUCAAUGAAACAUGUGAUAGCUGAUGAGGUUGAUCUGCAACCGGAGAUCCCCUUAACUUCACUCUCCGAUGCAGCUGCUGUUUCAUUUCCUACUACAGCCAAAUCUUCUCCUGAAGAAGCAGAGUCUGACCCACGACAGGCUUCAGCAUCAGGAGAGGAAGGUGACAAUCAAGUCACAGGAUACUGUCCUGCAAAAAAUUUACAUGAAACUACAGCAAAUACUAUAGCAUUCACUGAGCGUAACCACAUUAGUGAUAAUGCAGAAAAGGCACAAGUGACAGAUACGGAGUUUGAUCAGCAACUGCAGGAAGGACUAUAUUCCAAUUGCAGUUAUUUUUGA